UUGGAUCAUCACGUUGAUCAUUUUUUCGUAGAUAAACUGUAAGCUGACAAUAAGACACUUUCAUAAGUAUCAGCCAUUUUAUCAGUAAAAAAUGGAUUCUAAAGAUUACCAUAAGGUCUGUGAAGAAGUAGAUGAUAUUGAACCAUCUACAUCUAACAAUAAGGAUACUAUACAAAAUUUGGAAGAUAUGGAACUACACAAAGCUAAUAUCUUAAAUGAUAAUGAAGUUGGUAUAAAUGAAACAAAAAUGGAAGUUGAAGCAAUAGAGGCAGCACAUGAAAUUCAAGCUGAAAAUGAAGUAAUUCAACUUGUUGAAUCUUUGGUUAGUCAUGAAUAUGAUGUAGAUAAUAAAAAGAAUAUAUUUGACGAAAAUGAAAGUAAAAAUUCUCUGAGAGAAACAUCAUUUUCUAUUCUUCAUUCUACAAUAUCACCGCAAGCUAGUACCUCACAAGACAAUACUCCAACUUCAUCAAAUGAUAUUGAAUCAAGUUCUCUCUCUAGUGAUCAAAUAAAUGGUGACAAUGUUUCUUCAAUGGUGGUACAUGGAACAGAAUUUGAAUCACUAGAGGUUCCUAAAUUACCACGUAAGUGGUCAUGA